CCUUCUACUUUGUUGACCUAUAGACCCACGUACAAAUUCACAUAAGCUUGCCCCUCAGGUAGAGAAUUUUCCUGCUACUUUUCUCUGCAUGUUGCUUUCUCUGCAAGGGGUCUCGUCUUCUCUCAGCAGGUGACCAGUGGCUCAUGCGUUGUUCACAGCAGAAGGAGUAUAGCAACGAUCAUUUGCGUGGCGUUGCUACGUGAGCUUCACUUUCCUGGUGGUGGAAUGAUGGCCGAUGGGUCCAGUUCGACGGUUCGGUUAGGUCGUUGCCCGAGGUGUGGAAAUCUGUCGCCUGAGCCCUCCGACAAUUCUGUGUACCGGUGUGGUGCUUGCGGUGCAUUUCUUAGAGCGAAGAAGAAGAAUGCGCUGGCCUCUAAUUCGGUAUUCUCUUCCACGGAUACAGUUUCUGUUAGCGUUUCUGAUACGAAGAGGGAAGGGGAUACGUCGGAUGCUGUCGAGGGCGGAAAUGAAACAGUAGUUUCCGGAGAAAGUGAUCUUGGUGUAAACAGUAAUUCUUCAUUAGGGACACAGAAGGAGGAUGAUUUCAGCGUUGGAGAAAGGAAUGGGGACGAAGGAAUGGAACUUAAGGUGGAUCGGUCAGAUGCUGUUGUGGAGGCUGGUCACGGUAUCGAAAGUGGACGACCCUUGACGAUCGAUUUGAACAGGCCAAAAUCUAUAAACUCAAGCACGGAAGGAGGCCUCAGAGAGGAUCCAGCUAAUUUGACCCGAUAUUCUAGGCAGCCAAGUUCGAGGGUUGAUGCUGACCAGUGGGACGUGAUUGGAGAAUGUUUUGAAGGGAUUCCUGGGAUCUCCAGUGAUGAAGUUGGGACGAGUAGGAUUCCCUCACAUGAAUAUGUUAAUGAUGGAUCGUUGAAUCAUCAACCUCGUUCCUACUUUGUGCAUGGCAAGUCAGUGAAGAGUAAUGUCCACAAAUGGGCUUAAUAGAGGGGAGAGCUUGGACUUGGAUGCCGAGCUCCUGAGAAAGUUGGAUGAUUUGAAAAAUCACAUCAGCAGAAUCAGUGAUACACCCGAGAGAACUGGCGAGACGGCUUUUCUUGAUAGGGAUGGUCUACCCGAGCCUUUUGAUGAUAAAUUCAAGUAUGUGUCUGGUGGACUCUUGACCCCGGGAAAGCCUGUUCUGGCGAACCCUCAUUUGAUUCAUCAGCAUCAACAGCAUCCUUGCAUCGAUCGAGAUACACAUGACUUCUAUCUUCCUCCUAUUCCUAGGAGCGUAACAACGUCAAGACCUUACCAUCAAUAUGUAAAACAAUCUUAUCGAGGUCACUUGAAUAAGUACAUGGAUUUGAUUCGAGAUUUCUCUGCAUCGGAUUCACGAGAUUCCUCCCUUGACUGCAACUUGUGCACCUGUUUUCACUGCCGUCACGAACAUGAGCAAGCUCCUUAAUCGGUCCAACCAACUCCUUUCGGCACUAAAGGGAGUGUAGGGGUACCCUGUGAAUUCCAUCUCCUGUCGCCAUCACGAUCCCAUCCAAAUUUGGCCUAGUAGUAAUUUGGGUGU